AUGGCCGACUUCAACGCGAUUCGGCAGAAGAUUAUGAAACGCGUCAACGUGGAGCCGGAGUGCCUCGAGCCCGACGACAUCACAAAGAUGGUGGAAGACGGGGUGCUGACAAAGGAGGAGUCGACCAUUUUGGAGAUCAACUUGAAGGUGAAUAAGAAUAAGGUCAUGGCGGCCCCGGGCUUUCGAGACGUGACGGGCUCUGGCUACGCCCCCACCUUGCUCAAUCAGGGCUUCUCUGGUACGGCGCCGACGCUCCAGACGGGGAAGGACAUGAAGUCCGGUGUCCUCGAGCUGAAGCAGCUGGACUGGCAGCGGGUCUUCACGAACUGCAACCUGACGUGCGGCAGGAUCACCAGCAGCAGCGCCUUCAGCUGCUCGUCGAAGCCAUUGUUCAAGGAGCCGACGGAGGAGACCAUCAAGAAUAAGCUUUUUCGUGCCUCGCAGUACAGCGAGCAGGAACAUGCCGUGGUGCGGUUCGACGACAAGUUCAAGGCACACUCGGAGGUCUGCAGCGCGCAAGCCUAUACAGAGGUGUGCACACCUCUUGCGGCAGCUGCUGCGGAAUACAAGUCCGCCAGCCUCCACGAACAGCGAGGAGAGGGCAGCCACUACACUGUAGUCCACAAGCUUCACGUGCCGGUGGGAAGCUUCCACAUCAGCACGGCUUAUCUCGAGGUGGAGGAAGGGUUCGUGCAGAGCGUGGAGGAAGCCUUGAGCGCCGCAGGCAACAAGAAGCCUGAGGAGCUGAGCAAGUUCUUCGAGGAUCGCAUCUUCAGUAUCUAUGGGGACGUCUAUCCGACCGAGGUGACAAUCGGGGUGGCCGCCUUCUCCACCGAGGUCAAAACCGUGACCAAGCAGGAGAACAACAAAAAGGCCAAGGACCUCGCGCAUUUGGCGGGAAAGGGCAUUGGCCAAGGCUUCGCGGGCAAAGGGGACGUAGCUGCCAGCACUGACACGGCCAGCACGGAGGGUGCGCAUGCUGUGAACGAAAGCCGAAGCUGGACCAGCAUCGGGGCAGCCAUCAGCGAUGGUAAGAACCCCCGGUCCAUCAAUUCAUGCAGGGAGGACUCAGGUGCAUGGCGCUGCAUCCAGUACGAGAGGGUAGCAAGCGUCUUCGACUUGCUCCCCCCGAAGCUUCUGGACCGUGUCCGGGAGUUGGAGAAGACAAUGCCGCAACUUGCGCCCGAGCAAGAGCUGCAGAAACCAGCGCAGCUGCAGCCAGCCAGCGAACGCCUCAAGCGCCGCCAGCAAGCAGUGGCGGCCGUGAUCGAGGGCCUCAAGCGCUUGGACCGCUGGCAGCACACCAUGCAUCAGAGGAACGAGGCACAAAGGCUUCUGCAGGAAGUGGGAAUCCGGCAGGGGCGCCUUGAGACCGGCGAGAGCCUCCUCACAGCCGACGAGCACAAGCAGAUCAAGUGGCUCGUGGGCCUCUACUCUGGUUGGAUCUGGAAUGUGGACGACAACAAGACCAGUGCUGCGGCACAGCAGGCAGCGGACGUCCUGGCGAAGGAUGGGUGA